CAAUGACAUGUGGACGUGAACAAAACAAUCAAUAUGCAGGAUAAAACCUUCGUCCAAUGUCUAAUUUGUUUGAGUAACUACAACCUCUACCAAGAAGAAUUCAACUCAGAGAAAGUAGUGGAUCACAAGAAUAGAUGGCAUCAGUCGUGUUUUCGUUCCUGUCAGCUCGCGCUUGCAGUCGCCUCAGACGGAAGAGAGGGCUUUUCUGCUGGCUUUGGCUCCUGUGGUUGGGAGGAGUGCAGGUCGGGGCAAACGUAGAGCUUGGGAUGGGGGAGUCUCCACAUGAACAACGAGCGGUUGAUGGUAAACUCAUGGGUGUAUUGGGUGCAUACUUCCGCUACUACAAUUAUGCUGUAUUGUCUUUCUGGUCUCCUUACUUCACGUGCCCCAGCCCGGUGGUCAAGAUCAAGAAACCAAGAAAUUGUCUGAUGUUGGCAGUGUGCUAUUCUCAUCCGAAAGAACGAUAAGACGACAGUUCUUGCUUUGAGCUGCAACGUGCCAUGUUUCUGAAAAAAUAAACAACAGUUGGUCCCUUCACCUUCUGUUCUCUACUUUUUCCUGGUACUAUCACCGAUCUUCACGAUCAUCACUGUUAUGAUUAUCUCGUUUCUGUCUUUCUCAUUCUUUUUAUCAUGCUCUAAUGUCGCGUCUACAUGAAGGGACCAUCGGAGCAGGAUGAAGCGGAGGCAGUGCGGUUGGCCGACUUUGCGAGGUGUGACGUUUGCGAGACUAUGAUGAGCAACAUUCUCCGGAAGCAUUUCACUAAGCCGGCUGCGCAGAACGUGACAGCUCUAGAAGCGCCAGACGCAGGAGCAGACCCAACAUCAUUAGCCGAGGAGAAAAAGCAGACCAUAUCGUCAGGAGAAAAUGACAAAGCAGGUGUCGAAGCACACAGGCGACUGGCGGAUCCUGACAGCACGGAAGGGGAGAAGGAAGCACCUGCUCUUACAGCACAAGAACAGGCGGUCUUGAUGGUCGACGACGAGGACAUUCCCUUUGUGCAACGUGCAAAUAUGAAGAAGAUGAAUGCUGACUCUCUGUUGGAUUAUCUCGAAGGCCACCGGGAUCCGAUUGAAAGCAAAGACACGGAGGUAACCGUCGGCAAUCGAACGGACAAGGACACUGUCAAGGACCAGGUUCUCAGCCGGAAAGUUGGAUGCAACAAACUCUUCAAGGAUGACUUCCUGUAUCCCGGAUAUAUCCUGAGACCCUGUACUACUUGUUAUACUUAGUUAGCGUUACUGGAACUGGCACUGCAAACUAGAAAAAAAAUUACCUAGCUGAUGCACAAGUGAUCAGAGAACAAGUCAAAGAAGCAUAAAAGUAGCAGCAGAACGCCCGAAUUACAGAGAUCACUAUCUUAGGUGAAAAACAUUAACAUUUUGAUCUUCCUCACAGCUUGAAUAUAAUACUCGAAAACUUCAAAUAAGCGAGUGAUGCCAAAAAUAGACUAAGGGCCCGCCUUGAGUGUUGUCCUCUAUAGGUAGUUGAGUUGAGCUUUUCUAGACGCCCGGCACGUUUCCAAACAUGCAUAAUAUCGCGCCCGAUAAGUUCAGAAGCUGCUCCAUUUUAAGUAAAAAAAAUGGGUAUUUUUCGGGGAUUGGAACCGAGUUCGCGCGCCGGGUAUUGAGAGGGGGUGCGCAAAACCGCUUUCAAUCCCCGAAAAGUCCCUUACUUUUCGGCUAUUCAAAGCGAGGCACUUUUUGGAGGUAAAUCGGAGAUGCAUGAAAGUACUGCCGGGCGUAUUUGAGUAAAACUGCAAUCCCCACUAGAAGCUGACCACUUUGGCCCCUCUUGGAAUGGUCCAUACUUUCACUUAUUUUCCAACUCACUUAAGCUUAUUUCAGUUUUUCGAGUAUAAUGAUCACCAACCAUUUACUCGUUCAUCAGGUGCCGAAGAAGAGCGAAAGACUGAGCCAUGCGUACAUCCACCGGAGCAUGGGGGGCGCCCAAGUGAUCACUCAGUGAACACUUACGAACUGUGGAAGGAGAUUGUUUUCUUUUCCUGCGAACAAACUUUAUGAUCAUCUACCUCUACUUAGCAACCCGUAGUAGGCGAUUGUAUAUGUAUACUAGCUUGGAGCGUCCGAUAACAUCCCUCCCACUAGGAUCAUCCUCCUCCCCAAAAUAAGAAAAUAAGCAAGGCAAAGAUGUAAGCGAUAUGCGUUGUCAAAUUUCGAAAAUUUUCCACGUUUUGCCAUCGUUUGCGGAUUGGAUCUCGUGCGUUUGAAGUCAAGCGCUAAGAUCCCAAAACUUUUGGACUUUAAGCCCUUCCGCUGAAAUUCAGCCUCGUGCUUGGAUUUGCAUUCUUCAAAUUUCGAAAAUUCUCCACGUUUUGCUGUCGUUUUGGGAUUGAAUUUCGUGCGUUUGAAGCGCUAAACUCCCAAAAUUUUUGAUUUUAAGCCCUCUCCCUGGAAUUCAAUUUCUUGGAUUUGCAUUUUUCAAAAUUCGAAAACUUUCCACAUUUUGCCGCCGUUUUCGGGUUGAAUUCCGUGCGUUUGAGGUGCUAAGAUCGCAAAAUUUUUGAUUUUAAGCCCUUUCUCUCGAAUUUAAUUCCUUGGAUUCGCGUUUUUUCAAAUUUCGAAGAUAUUUUGAACCCUUUCCCUGGGAUUCAAUCUCUUGGCGUCGCGUUUUUCAAAUUUCGAAAGUUUUCCACCUUUUUCGUCAUUUUGCGAGUGAGUCCGUUGAUUUUGAAGAGCUAAGACCCUAAAAUUUUUGAUUUUAAGCCCUUUCCCUGGAAUUUAAUUCCUUGGAUUCGCGUUUUUCAAAUUUCGAAAAUUUUUCACGUUUUGCCGUCGUUUUGAGAUAGAGUCGCGUGAGUUUGAAGCGUUAAGAUCCUAAAAUUUUUGAUUUUAAGCCCUUUCCCCCGAAAUUCAAUCCCGUGGCUUCGUGGUUUCGUGGUUUCGUGGUUUCGUGGUUUCGUGGUUUCGUGGUUUCGUGGUUUCGUGGUUUCGUGGUUUCGUGGUUUCGUGGUUUCGUGGUUUCUUGGUUUCUUGGUUUCCUGGUUUCCUGGUUUCCUGGUUUCCUGGUUUCCUGGUUUCCUGGUUUCCUGGUUUCCUGGUUUCCUGGGUUCAUGGGUUCAUGGGUUUGGGGUUUGUUUGUUUUUGUGUCGGAGGUUUUGGGUUCGGGUGUUGGUUCGGGUGUUGGAGGUUGCAAAGUUUUAUUGCUCUUAAUAUUGAUUUUAGACUUGAUUUCAACAAGUAAUGAAUCGCUGGAAGUGGAACUGAGCCUGAUGUUGAGCGACUUUCUUACUAGAAUUAUGCUGACUCGGACUCCCUCUUCUUGCCCGUCCCUGUUUCAUCUUCCAUUGCGGGCUAUCGUGAGGAGAUGGUGGACGUAAUUUUACGCGAGGUAAAGAAGAAGAAGUCGGUUGCGACCAUACCACAGCUAGCAGCAAUGGCCUGUCGGAAGGCGGGCAAAUGUGACAGGAAGUUGGCCUCUUCGCGGAAGCCCAUGCCGGGAGGUAUCGGUAGCGAAAAUCCGAACGCUUCACCUGCCGGCAAAAAGAGCGCGAAAAAGAAGAAGCGUCCAGUUGACAAGAACAUCAAAAUCGUCGACAAGUCGAAAGCCUCUACUACACCACCGCCAAAGCGCAAAGGUAAGAAAGCUAGUAAAGCAGCCGCUCAGAAAAAAGAAGCAACAUCAAGUCCCGUUCGUGGCGAACUCUAACGCUCCUACACUGCGUGGUCAAGGUUAUCGACACAAACUUGCACAACGUGGAUCGUAUUUCCAUUAAUUUGCAUGUACUAAUGGGAUCAACACAUUGCUUGUUGUUCGCAGUCGUGAUUCAUAUGAUGCACCACAAGGCAGCUCACCAGCUGCAUUGAUGUCGAUAUCAAAAAGAUCCUGAUCUAUGAUCGCAGUACUUUCUCGUACUUCUCCUGGCGUGGUCGGUGUUAUCGAAAUGAGCAAAAGGCGCCGUGGAAGCAAUUCUUCCAGCAAGAGCAAAUGACAUUAGCAUUACAAAUAAGAAAAAGGAUGCUUGUUUCAGCUUGCUUCACAUCGGAUGAAAACGCAAGCGAUCUUCUAGAUCAUCUUUUCUCUCUAUCAUAGGAUCCACCAAUGCAAAGAAAAGAUCAUCGAAGAUGAAAUGCGAUCUGACGGAACAGGAGAACUAGAAAGGCUACCAGUACUAGAGGAUUCGAAUUAUACACAAAUCCGCAUGUACUUGCGCGGAAUGACCUUGCCGUAUUCGAAACAGAGAGAACUUGUGUGAAUGUAAUUAUUGCCAACACCAACCGCUAUCGGUACCGCCACCAAGAACGAUCAAACCGACUAGAACUUCUACAACACCCC